AUGGCAACAAGCGCCGCAGUCGUCGGCGGAGGCCCGUGCGGCCUCAUGGCUCUAAAGAACUUCCGCGAGGAUGGUUUCGAUGCCACCCUCUACGAAAGUCGCGACUGGGUCGGCGGGCUAUGGAAGUACUCCACCGACGACGCGCUUUCGACCGGCGAGAACACAAUUUUCAAUACCAGCAAGUAUCGAGCAGCUGCGACAGACUUCCCCAUGCCUGACGAUAUGGACGACUUCCCGACCGCUCCGCAAUUAUAUAGAUACUGGAACGACUAUUGUGAUCAUUUCCAUCUCUGGCCACACAUCAAACUCGGCGCCAAGGUUCUUGCCGUCCGGCGAGAGCAAGAUCUUUGGGCUUUGGACAUGGCGGACAAAGAUGGGAAAUCUCAGACGCGGCAUUUCGACAAGGUCGCCGUCGCGACGGGACCUUUUGCAAAGCCUAAACAGCCCAAGCUCGAAGGGAUUGAGAAGUUUUCUGGAACGGUGAUUCAUGGGACCAAAUUCCACGAGCCGGCGAAGUAUGCGGGACGGAAUGUGGUGAUUGUUGGUUUGCAUGCUUCGGCGUCGGACGUUGCGUGUAGUUUGGCUGGGAAGGCUUCGAAAGUUUUCAUCUCGCACAGAUCGGGAGUGGUUUUUGUGCCUCGAUUUGAUGAUGAUGGUGCGAUCUAUGAUAAGAUGCCGCCGCUGUGGUUUGCAAUUUUCAGUGUUUACCUGUCUGCCAUCUGGCCUGCGGCAUACUACUGGAUCAUCGACACUCUCCUCGGCAGAGUUUCAAAAAAAGCUUACCCAAACAUCCCCGAAUCUUGGGGCCUCUCGCCCGCCCCUUCAAUCGCAGUCUCCUCCCCCCUAAUCUCCACCGAACUCUACCCCCACCUCUCCUCCGGCGCCUGCGAGCCCGUCGCCUCCAUAGACCGCAUCACCGGCCCUACCACCCUCGAACUCACCUCCGGCCGCACCCUCUCCAACAUCGACACCAUCAUCUUCUGCACCGGCUACAACUUCUCCAUCCCCCUCCUCUUCUCCCCCAAAUCCCUAAACCCCUACCCCAAACUCGGAGAUCCCCCAUACCUAUACCGUAACACCUUCCCUCUCCACCCCGACGCAAAGAUCCGAAACUCCCUCGCUUUCCUCGGCCAAGCGGCCGUCACAUACCCCGGCUUCUGCCAAUUCGAACUCCUCUCCAUGGCCAUCUCCCAAAUCUGGAAAGGCCGCUUUUCCCAUCUCCCUCCCCUUCCGGAAAUGCAAACCUGGCACCGCAAUUUCCUCCAAUGGCGCCAACGCACCCUCCGCAAAUACUCUGCUUCUUCUCCACCCUCGGAAUCUUUCUACCCAGCCCUCGUCCCCUUUUCCGAUCACGUGGCGUGGUUGGAUCGCACCGCGGGGCUAGGGAUUCGGGAGCAUUUUGGGUGGGUGGAGAGGUGGAUCAAUAAAACGAGUUGGGGGUUUUGGUGGGGGGAUCGGGAGUUUUAUGAUUUGUGUUUAUGUGGGUUCGCGAGUCCGGCGAUUUUUCGGGUUUUUGAGGGAGGGGGGCGCAAGGUUUGGGUGGGGGCUAGGGAGGCGGUUUUUCGGGAGAAUAGGAGGGUUGAGGAGCAGGCUGGGAGGAGGAGGGAGGGGGUUAAGAGGGAGGGGGUUAAGAGGGAGGGGGUUAAGAGGGAGGGGGUUAAGAGGGAGGGGGUUAAGAGGGAGGGGGUUAAGAGGGAGGGGGUUGAGAGGGAGAAGGAGAUAGGGGGAGGUUGA